AUGGUAAACAACAGUACUCAGAAUAACGAAAAAUUUUCGCUCUUUUCAACAAGUGUUAUUUUAGAAAAUGGGAAGAAUUUAGUAAAUGUAAAAAAUGAAAAAUUAGAAGAAUACAAUUUUAUAAAUAGUAUGACAAAUCCGCAAGUGACAUUUAAUGCCAAGAAAACAAAAGGUUUUUUAAUAUUACAGUUAUUUUUAUAUGGUUAUUUAAAUAGAAUAAGUUCUUUUAGAUCAAAUAAAGAUAAAGAUCUUAUGUAUCCAUAUUUAAAAAUAUUACUAGAUAAAGAAGAAAUAUAUAGAAGUCGAAUAUUAGAUAAUUCUAUGAAUAUAUGGAAUGAAACUAUAGAUAUUGAAAUACAUUAUAUUAAGAGUAUCAUAGAAAUACAAUUAUAUGAUAUGGAUGAAACUGAAGGAGUUGUUGAAGAUGAAUAUAUUGGUAGUGCUUUUAUUGAUAUAAUGAAUUUAAAAUUUAAUACAAAAUAUGAUAUGAUUUUAAAAUAUUUAGAUAAUAAAACGGCAAUUAUAAAGGACCCUUAUUUUCAUAAACAAAAUAAAAAGGUCACCUCAGAAAAUAAAAGGAAGAAAAGUAUAAAUAUUAUGAAUAAUACAGGAAAUAUUAAUAGUAAUAGUAAUAAUAGUAAUAAUAAUAGUAAUAAUAAUAAUAAUAGUAAUAAUAAUAGUAAUAAUAAUACUAAUAAUAAUAGUAAUAAUAAUACCAAUAAUAAUAGUAAUAAUAAUAACAACAAUAUUGACAAUAUAAAUGAUAACAAAUGUAGUAUAAAUAAAUAUAUCAAUGAUUAUAAUGUUCGAAUAUUUAUUAAACUUCUUAGUAAGAAUGACUACAGUAUUUUUUUCUUACAUUUAUAUAAGGUUACUUCUUUGAAUUAUAAAUAUAUAUGCAGAAAAAAUGAAAUAUUAGAUAAUGAAUUAAAUGUGAAUUUAUUAUAUGAAAAUAUUAAAACAAUUAAAUUAAAUUUUGAUAUGAUAUGGUUACCUUUCUUUUCUAUAAUAUCUAAUUUUUCUUCAUGGCAAAAACCAUUAUAUUCCUUAUUCUUUGUAACAUAUUUUUUCUUAUCUUUCUUUUUUUCAAAAUAUUUCAUCUCUUUUCUCUUACUUUUUUUAAGUCUAAUUCUAUUUAUUAUAGUUUCUAUUAUAAGAGAAUGUGACCGCAUACAAAGACACUCCAACAUGGCUCAAUCGAUAAAUAAAAAUAUCAAGUUACAAAGAAAUAAAAGCCUGAAUUAUUUUUAUAAAACAGACAGUUUAAACAAUAAUAAUCUUAAUGAUGAUAUGAAUAGAAUCUAUAAUAACAAUGAGUCUUUUACCUACUGGAGGAGGGUCAGGCGAAGCAUAUACCAAAAUAUACAAUAUAAAGAUUAUUUAAAUAAUAAGAAAAAAAAGACAACAUCGCAAAAAGAUUAUGAAGAAAUAAAUGAUAACUAUUGUAGUUAUAAUGAUGAUGAUGAGGAUGAUCAUUAUAAUGAUCAGAGUGAUGAGAGCGAUCAAAGUGAUGAAAUAAAAGAUAAUAAUGAAAAAAAAUAUGAAGAAAAUGAAGAAACCAAAUCAAAAAAACAAAAAAAAAAAGACGUUACAAAUAAUAAAAAUGAUAAUGAUAUUAUAUUAGAUAAUAAUAAUAAUAAUAAUAUGAUUAGUCAGAGUGAUAAUUAUGAUGAUAUGGAUAAUACUAGUGAAAGUGGAACAUUUACAGAUUCCUCAUUAAAUAAUGCAAGUACUAAUGAAUAUGAUAAUUAUAGCUCUAAUUCAGUUAGUAAUUCAGAGGAUAAUCUAUUAAAUGAAAGUAAUAAAAGUGAGAAAAAACAAAUCAAGGAUGAUAAUAAGAAUGAAAAAUAUGAUAAAUAUGAUAAAAAUGAAAAGAAUGAAAAGAAUAUUUCUUUAAAGAAUAUGAAACCCACUCAAAAAAUGAAUAAAUAUGACAAUAUAUAUGAAAAUAAUAAUAAUAAAUAUAAUAGUAGUACUAGUAGUAAUAUUUAUAACAAUUACUAUAUUGAUGAUAAUGUUAAAGAUAAUAAUUUAGAAGAUUCUAAUAAUGAUGAUAGUAGUGCUCUUAAUUAUACUGAUGAUGAAAAUGUGGAUCCAGAAAAUAAUUUAUCUGUUAUUAGAACUUUUAUAAGAAAUAUAAUUGAUGAUAAUAUUAUAAAUAAUAUAAAAUAUAUUCAUUAUUUUAUAUAUUGUUUUACUAAAUGGUCACAAUUAUUCUUUUUUAUUCUAAGGAAAUUUGGAUACUUUCUAGUUAUAUUAACCCUACUUACAUGUGGUCUUAGUAUAUAUUUUUAUCCUAUCAUUGUCAGAAUAUUAAGAACUAUAAUUUUCUUAUGUGGAUUUGUAAUAUUGACAUAUAAUUUUAAACCUAUGAAUAUUUUCUAUAGGUUUAUAUCAUGUUUACAUGAAUAUUAUUAUUUAGAAAGAAAAAGAAGACGUACCAAUAUUUAUAAUUAUGACUAG